GGUAGCAAGCAGCCUUCAAGGAAACCUUGUUCACCACUACUGAUCUUCUCAGAGGAACUUCUGGUAAAUGUCUGAGGGACGGCAGGUUUCCCUGUGCAACACAGUUUGAAAAUUGGCAUACAAAAGCUCCUGGUAAGUUAAUGAAGCCACUCAGCUCUGUGACACUGGAACGGUCCUGAUGUCAAGUCCUUUUGACAAUCUGACAGAUGCCUGGACGCAGGGAGGAGCGGCAACAGCAGAAGCAAGAGGAGGAGGAGAGAGAAAAUAUUUUCCGUGUCUUCGCCUGAAGUCAUUCUGUGGUUUUUGAAAAAAUGUGCUGUAUAUUUUCAGGGCUGUGUCACAUGAUCUGCUGGGGUUAUGAAUAGCCGAGUAUAAUGAUUUCUUAGUGAACGUUAAAAAAAAGAGAGAGAGAGAGUGAUUCUCAGCGAGAGGGAGGCUCACACUCGCUUAGGAACAGCAGGGAGAGACUGGACGUGGAAAGUUCCCCUGACUCCAGGUGUCUGUCCCCCACAACGAGCCUCCUCAGGCAACCAGGACUGUACGAGAGAAAGGAAAGGAACAACACCUUCCUCUGGGAGCUGAAAAUCUUCAUGGACCACCACCAUGGAACCAUGUGCUUGGAGCAGUGACAGCACAACCCAGAUCUUUUAAGGGGAAUCUUGACUCUCUCUCAAGCCACUUUCCUUGGGCCCUCAGCCAUGGCAGGAAACAAGGAGAGAGGCUGCUCUGGUGGAACACCCCUGGCUCAUGUGAAUGGCUUCCCACCUGCUGUAUACCCCUUCCCUUUCCCCAACCCACACUUCGAGGUGCUCACCAAUGGAGGUUACUUCCGGAGCUAUCCUACCGACUUGCCCAAGGAAAUGGCAUCAUUGUGUUGGAAGAUAAAGGUGCAACUAUUGUGCAGAACUGCUCCAAGCUACUUUGACCCUGUCUCAGCAUCUGCCAGUUCUUUGGCUGCAUCAGAAGCGGUGGAGACCCAGAGCACAAGUUCUGAGGAGAUGGUGCCCAGCUCCCCUUCUCCACCCCCGCCCCCGCGCGUCUACAAACCUUGCUUCGUCUGCAACGACAAAUCAUCCGGCUACCAUUACGGGGUCAGCUCCUGCGAGGGCUGCAAGGGCUUUUUUCGCCGAAGCAUCCAGAAAAACAUGGUCUAUACCUGCCACCGGGACAAGAACUGUCAGAUCAACAAGGUCACCCGCAACCGCUGCCAGUAUUGUCGCCUGCAGAAGUGUUUUGAGGUUGGCAUGUCCAAAGAAGCUGUGAGGAAUGACCGCAACAAGAAGAAAAAGGAUGUGAAAGAGGAGGUGGUGGUGGAUAGCUACGAAAUGACACCUGAACUGGAAGAACUCAUCCAGAAAGUCAGCAAAGCUCAUCAGGAAACCUUCCCUUCCCUCUGCCAGCUGGGCAAAUAUACCACGAAUUCUAGUGCAGAUCACAGAGUACAGCUAGACCUGGGACUGUGGGACAAGUUCAGUGAACUUGCUACCAAGUGCAUCAUCAAGAUUGUGGAGUUUGCCAAACGUCUCCCAGGCUUCACCACCCUCAGCAUCGCUGACCAAAUCACCUUGCUCAAGGCGGCCUGCCUAGACAUCCUGAUGCUUCGUAUUUGCACCCGCUACACCCCAGAGCAGGACACCAUGACCUUCUCAGAUGGGCUGACCCUGAACCGUACCCAGAUGCACAAUGCUGGAUUUGGGCCUCUCACUGACUUGGUCUUUGCCUUUGCUGGACAGUUGCUGCCUCUUGAGAUGGACGACACAGAGACAGGCCUGCUCAGCGCUAUCUGCCUCAUCUGCGGAGAUCGAAUGGACCUGGAGGAGCCAGAGAAAGUAGACAAGCUGCAGGAGCCACUGCUGGAAGCGCUGAAGAUCUAUGCUCGACGACGCCGACCAAACAAGCCUUACAUGUUUCCCCGCAUGCUGAUGAAAAUCACCGACCUGCGGGGGAUCAGCACCAAAGGGGCCGAACGAGCCAUCACCCUGAAGAUGGAGAUUCCUGGCCCUAUGCCGCCACUCAUCCGAGAGAUGCUGGAAAACCCUGAGAUGUUUGAAGAUGAGUUGUCACAGCCCCCGCCGUUGGCAGAACCCCCCAGCACUGAGGAGAGCCCGACUGUCCCCAAGAGCCACGAGGAGGAGGAGGAGGCGGCCCCCUAGCAUCUCAAAGAGAGCCAGGAUCUAGGCUAAGAGAGGCCGGAAGAAAAACCAGUUCCACCUGUAUCUCCUCCGUCCUGCCCGCUGCCCAUUUCCUCCAGGACUCUUUCCUAACACUUGGCCUUUUCCUGCUCUUGGCCUGUAGGCCACUGGGGUUGGGAUGUUAUGGCAACACUCCAGACCAACUAAGGAGGCUCUGCAUUUCCCCUCUCCUCCGCUGUGUUUGGUGACUUGGGGGUUGGAUGCCUCUUGCCUUAAGCCUUAUCCCUGCGGGGCCUUGGAUGUAUAUUCUGAACUAGCCUUUUGCCCCUCAAAACCCCCAGAGCUUUGCCAAAGUCCCAGGUUGCCUGCCCAGUUGAGUCGGGCACCCUCAAGCCAAAUAUUCAGGACCCGGGAAGCCCCCAAGGGGCUUAGGCUUGGAGACCUUUCCUUUCAAAAUGGGAUGAGAUCCAAAUGUGCAAUCCAUGCCCCCACCCAUCCACCGCCUGUCAGAAAAGGGGCACUUCAAGAGCCCAUAGAGAGACUCUGCAACGUGGGGGGGGGGCAUGCAAUGGCCCCAGCCUCCUCCCUCCAGUCCACAGUCCUAACUAGAGGCUAACUGUACCCUUCAGCCUCCCAACCCAGGAACCCAGGCAUCCAGUACACUAUUUAUUCAAGUCUCUAAAGACAGACAGAGGGAUAGUUAUUCUCCCCUCCCCACCAGUUCCACACACAAGGAAUUUGGACCAAUGACCAUAGGAUGUGGGGAGAGUGGAGCCAGAACGUCACCAUGCACGUCCUUAUUGUGGGAUUUCUGGAUGGGGUGUGCACACUAAUAUCCAUCUCUUAUGGAUUCCAAUGGGAUGUGGAUUUUAUUUUUAAGGGAGGUGAGUUGGGGGGACAGGGAAGGGGGCUUCUUUUUUGUUAGCUGUAUAAAGUGCUAAUGUUUCAUUGUCGGGGCGGAGAUUAAUCCCAUAGCAGGUGUGGGGCAGAGGGGCGGCAGUUCUUCCUUCCCCCUGCCUCUUCCCUCCCAAGGCAGAGGGGGCAGCCGGGUUGGCAGGGGGCGGUCUCUGUUCUUGCUUGGGAUGCUUUUGACCCCGGUUCUACAAAUUCUGGGAAACAGACCCCAAAGGACACUAGAUACCAAAGAUAUCAAGAAAAGGGUGAGGGUUAGAGGUGCCAGAGCUGCAGACUUGAAGCCAUUUCCUGUCCCUCAGGUCCCUCUGCUCCCCCCACCCCAGUAAGAACCAGCUGCCCUCUAAAAGGUUGUGUGGAGGGGGGGCACUGUUUACCUUAACUGGCCUUUUAACUCGGCUCCCCCAGCACUUUGAUAAAGGGGAAGGGGCGGGUCACUCCUCCUAUAGGAAACUCUGUCCCUCCCCAAGGCCUAGAGGGGAGGCCUGCUUCGCUUCACAACUCCAACGGACCAAAUAUGACAAAUGCUCUCUCAGUAAAGAGCAAAAGUCUUGCAGAGGACACCGUGCCCAACUCCCGAGCAAUAUGAAAUGAAUGAAACCCUAACACUACAAGGGGGCAAGGGAGGGGCAUCGUGUCCCCACCGUUGGCUGGUGUUUCCCUAUUUGCAGCUGCUGUUCCAUCUCACCCUAUGGUCUCCCUCCCCGCUGCCACACCUUCUUGAGAAGAGAAAGGCAGAGGCAGACAAGCCAGAGCACCUUUUCCUGCAGGCCUUUGCAGCAGAACGGAGGGAGAGCAAGAGCUUCCCCUCCCCCCAUUGUAGGGAGGGGAGAGAGGGUGGGGGAGAGGUUGCCCAUCUUUUAGCCUCCUCUGCUGUUUUGGAAGUGAGAGCUGAAGGUGCUGCUGCCCCCUGCUGGCCAUGGAUGGGCAACACUUUUGGUGGAUUUAUUUAUUUGCCUGUGUUUACACCAGGGGAUUGGUAGCAUGGGGAAUUGUUGUGCCUUCUCUCACUCCAGAGCAGGUGAAGGGGGGGGCACAAUACCCCAAAGGACAAGAGGCUCUGUCAAACUGAUCUUGGUUUCCUUCCCCAGUCGUUUUAAGCUGCCAAAGUAAGUAAAUAAAUAAAUACCCCGGGCCUUAAAAUGGGGUCUGGUGUGGGGCGGGGAUGGAAAAGAGGGUGAAACCCUUCUGUGAUGUUUACAGACCAGCUUUCCAUGAUAUUUUAGAGGAAUCUCUCCUGCCCCUGCACUCCCAGCCGUGCCGCAGAAAAGGGGACUUUUCUAUUUUUGCAAAAUAAAGUGAUGGAAACUCAAAACACCUCUUUCAAAUGUUAUUUGUUUCUCUCUCUCUCUCUCUCUCUGUUUUCUAGCCCUGGGGUCCCUCUA